AAUGCUUUAAUAAUUUUGAUUCUCUAAGGGAGGGUACGGGUACCGGUGAUGACGUCAAGGUUGAGGCCCUCCUGCGUACAGACUAUAAAUUCCGAGAGGCGGGCGUCAUCUUUCUUUUUCCACGCUGCAUCUCGUUCGUAGCUGGGUUGUAAUAAAGUGUAAUAACAUCCGCGAUGGGGAAAGAAAAGACUCACAUCAACAUUGUGGUUAUUGGCCAUGUCGAUUCUGGAAAGUCUACUACUACCGGUCAUCUAAUUUAUAAAUGUGGAGGAAUCGACAAGAGAACUAUUGAAAAGUUCGAGAAAGAAGCUUCUGAGAUGGGGAAAGGAUCCUUCAAGUACGCCUGGGUAUUGGACAAGCUGAAGGCCGAACGGGAGCGUGGUAUUACCAUUGAUAUUUCUCUCUGGAAGUUUGAGACCAGCAAAUACUACGUGACAAUUAUCGAUGCCCCUGGUCACAGAGAUUUUAUCAAGAACAUGAUCACUGGUACUUCUCAGGCUGACUGUGCUGUCCUUAUUGUUGCUGCUGGUGUUGGUGAAUUUGAGGCUGGUAUCUCAAAGAAUGGUCAAACACGAGAGCAUGCCCUCUUGGCAUACACCCUUGGUGUCAAGCAACUGAUAGUAGGAGUUAACAAAAUGGAUAAUACUGAGCCACCUUACUGUGAUAAAAGAUAUCAAGAAAUCUGCAAAGAAGUUUGCAGCUACACCAAGAAAAUUGGUUAUAAUCCAGACACUGUUGCUUUUGUGCCCAUCUCUGGCUGGCAUGGAGACAACAUGCUGGAGCCAAGUAAAAAUAUGCCUUGGUUUAAAGGCUGGAAAGUCUCUCGAGGCAAGGACAACAAGGACGGAGCAAGUGGGACAACUCUUCUUGAGGCUCUGGAUUCUAUUCUACCACCAGCUCGUCCAACUGACAAACCACUCCGACUGCCUCUACAAGAUGUUUACAAAAUUGGAGGCAUUGGAACUGUACCUGUGGGCCGUGUCGAAACUGGUGUCUUGAAACCUGGUAUGGUGGUCACUUUUGCACCUGUCAACGUUACCACUGAAGUAAAGUCUGUUGAGAUGCACCACGAGGCUCUUGCUGAAGCAUUACCAGGAGAUAACGUUGGCUUUAAUGUGAAGAACGUCUCUGUAAAGGAUGUUCGUCGUGGUAAUGUUGCUGGUGACAGCAAAAAUGAUCCUCCACAAGAGGCUGGAUCUUUUACUGCUCAGGUAAUCAUUUUGAACCAUCCUGGUCAGAUAAAUGCUGGUUAUGCUCCUGUUUUGGAUUGUCAUACUGCUCACAUAGCUUGCAAGUUUGCUGAGUUAAAGGAAAAGAUAGAUCGUCGUUCCGGCAAGAAACUCGAAGACCAUCCCAAGUUCUUGAAGUCUGGAGAUGCUGCCAUUGUUGAUAUGAUACCGGGAAAGCCUAUGUGUGUUGAAAGCUUCUCUGAUUAUCCUCCACUGGGGCGCUUUGCUGUGCGUGACAUGAGGCAGACUGUUGCUGUGGGAGUAAUCAAAGGUGUAGAGAAGAAGGCUGCUGGGGCUGGCAAAGUCACAAAAUCUGCUCAGAAGGCCCAGAAAAAAUGAAUUUCAUCUGUUUUUCCUGUCACUUCGUUCUGCAGUAGAAUGGUCUCUGAUCUCGAACUCGAUUGGCCAAUUAAAAUAACAAUCCAUAGUGACUGGUUAAUUACAAUGCAUCGUAAAAGCAUCAGAAGGAAAGGACGUUUUAUGUGGACCACACUUUUUUGUUUUUGUGGCAGUAUUUUAAGUUAUGUUUUAGUUCUGUAACUGAAAUGGGAACAAUGACCAAAAACAUCUGUCACAAAUUAGGGAGACCAAUAAAGCAAGUAACAAUU